UUGCGCCUGCAGCCAUUUCCUCAUCUGCAGCUGAACGUGCUGCAGCCAAACUCUAAGAUUAUUUAUCUUUUUUGCGUUUUAAUUUCCUAUAUUUGAUAUCCGAGAAGGAGAUUUUACUGCCCGAGCGCGUGUGAGGACUUUAAAUCGCCAUCAUGCCGCGGAUUAUGAUUAAAGGAGGCGUGUGGCGCAACACCGAGGAUGAGAUUCUCAAAGCAGCUGUUAUGAAAUAUGGCAAAAACCAAUGGUCUCGAAUCGCAUCCCUGCUGCACCGCAAAUCAGCUAAACAGUGUAAAGCCAGAUGGUAUGAGUGGUUGGACCCCAGCAUAAAGAAGACAGAAUGGUCACGUGAGGAAGAGGAGAAGCUUCUUCACAUGGCCAAACUGAUGCCCACUCAGUGGAGAACUAUCGCCCCCAUCAUCGGGCGCACAGCCGCUCAGUGUCUGGAGCAUUAUGAAUAUCUGCUAGAUAAAGCAGCUCAGAGAGAGAAUGAAGAUGAUGUAGGAGAUGAUCCUCGCAAGCUAAAACCAGGAGAGAUCGACCCAAACCCGGAGACCAAACCAGCCAGGCCUGACCCUGUGGACAUGGACGAAGAUGAGCUGGAGAUGUUGUCUGAGGCCAGAGCUCGACUGGCAAACACACAAGGCAAGAAAGCAAAGCGGAAAGCCAGAGAGAAACAGCUUGAGGAAGCACGUCGUCUGGCUGCCCUUCAGAAGCGCAGAGAGCUGCGAGCCGCUGGCAUCGACAUCCAGAAGAAGCGCAAGAAGAAGAGAGGAGUCGAUUAUAAUGCUGAGAUCCCUUUUGAAAAGAAACCCGCUCAGGGCUUCUAUGAUACAUCCAUGGAGCAGUACGAUCCUCUGGAGCCGGACUUCAAACGCUUGCGCCAGCAGCAUCUGGAUGGAGAACUGCGGAGUGAGAAGGAGGAUCGUGACCGGAAGAAGGACAGGCAGAAGAUCAAGAAGAAAAAGGAGUCUGAUCUGCCUUCGGCCAUUCUGCAGACCAGUGGAGUGUCAGAGUUCACUAAGAAGAGGAGCAAGCUGGUGCUGCCGGCACCGCAGAUCUCUGACGCUGAGCUAGAGGAGGUGGUCAAACUGGGUCAGGCCAGUGAAAUCGCCCGUCAGACGGCAGAGGAGUCUGGCAUCACUAACUCAGCCUCCAGUGCUCUUCUGUCUGAAUAUAACGUGACCAAUAACUCCAUGGCCCUGCGCACACCCAAAACUCCAGCCGCACAGGACAAGAUCCUGCAGGAGGCCCAGAAUCUGAUGGCUCUUACCAAUGUGGACACUCCUCUGAAAGGAGGGCUGAACACUCCUCUUCAUGAGAGCGAUUUCUCUGGGGUCACACCGCAGAGACAGGUCGUCCAGACGCCCAAUACUGUGCUGUCUACACCCUUCAGAACCCCCAGUCACACAGGCGAGGGUUUGACUCCUCAUGGUGGACUGACUCCCAAAGCCUCAGUGGGUGUGACUCCUGGCCGGACGCCGCUGCGGGACAAGCUCAACAUUAAUACUGAGGAGGGGGGAGUGGACUACACUGAUCCAUCCUUCUCUAAACACAUGCAAAGAGAGUCUCGUGAGCAUCUCCGUCUGGGUCUGAUGUCUCUGCCGGUGCCCAAAAAUGACUUUGAGAUCGUUCUUCCUGAAAACGCUGAGAAAGAGCUGGAAGAGACGGAGGGGGACGAGAGUUUUGUGGAGGACGCGGCUGAGAUCGAGCUGCGUAAACAGGCUGCCAGAGAUGCUGAGAGGGAGAAAGAGCUGCGCCAGAGACACACGGCGGUUCAGAGAGAUUUACCAAGGCCUUCAGAAGUGAACGAAACGAUUCUCCGUCCUCAUAACGUGGAGCCUCCUCUGACGGAUCUGCAGCAGGCAGAAGAGCUGAUCAAAAGAGAGAUGAUUACCAUGAUCCACCACGACUGUCUGCAUCACCCAUUCAGCGACACCAAGAAGACUAAAGGAGUGAAUUCCAGCUCCAACAACGCCGAGCACAUCUCCUACCUGGAGAAAACACCCUACGAGAAGGUCUCCGAGGAGGAGCUCAAGAAGGCUGGAGAUCUGCUCCUGCAGGAGAUGGAGGUGGUCAAGCAUGGUAUGGGUCAUGGAGAUCUGUCGAUGGAGGCGUAUAACCAGGUGUGGGAGGAGUGUUACAGUCAGGUGCUGUACCUGCCUGGUCAAAGCCGCUACACCAGAGCUAACCUGGCCAGCAAGAAGGACAGGAUCGACUCUUUGGAGAAGAAGCUUGAGAUGAACCGUGGCCACAUGACGGCGGAGGCGAAGCGAGCAGCGAAGAUGGAGAAGAAGAUGAAGAUCCUGCUCGGUGGAUAUCAGUCGCGGGCGAUGGGUUUGCUGAAGCAGCUGAGUGAAGUGUGGGAUCAGCUGGAGCAGGCCAACCUGGAGCUGCACACCUUCACGGAGCUCAAGAAGCAGGAGGAUCUGGCCAUCCCACGCAGACAAGAGGCUCUGAGAGAAGAUGUUCAGCGUCAGCAGGAGCGAGAGAAAGAGCUGCAGCAGAGAUUUGCUGACCUGAUGCUGGACAAACAGACCCUCGGCAGCAAGAUCUGAAACACACACGCACUCUGUACGUCUCAGUGUCUGCUUUCACAUUCACACACUGCUUUCUGUUUUUAAAACUCCUUUUCUUAUUUGUGCAAAUGCAGCCUCGUCAAUGUAAAUAUGCUGUUUUCCCCAUGUGGAGCUGUUCUUAGUUUAAGAAGCUCUUUUCAGCUGUAAAUUGGAUUAAUGACUGACUUUAAAAUGUGCAUCAAUUACAAAAUAAAUCAGUCCAUCAGAGAA